AUGCACUUCUCCGGACUUCUCCUCGCUCUCGCAGCUACUGCAUCAGCCGUUGACAUGAGGGCUUGGUCAGGUGAUUCCUGCAACGGCGCUUUCGUUGCCUGCGUUGGUCUUAACCCCAACGUAUGCUGUGUGUUCAGCAACUCAGCCGGUAGUGGUAGACUGAGUAUCUCCGUGAACGCUAUCCCAAGCUCCUGGCGCAUCCGCACCCAGGCCAAUACCGGUGGUGGCUGCACUUACAUGGCAAACGAGCAAGACUCAAACGGCAGAACCGAUCUUUGCAUGUCAUACAACUCUCGCGGUGACCGCACCGGAGGUAAAUACUGGUUCCUCGGCCGAAAGCGCGCUGAGGAUAAGUCAUGCCCUGCCGAGCAGGCUGAAGGAAAGUGCGAGGCUACCGCCGAGCCCAAUGCCCUUGGCCUUACGGAUGGUACCAUGUACGACAUUGCUGGACUCUCGGAGGAGAAGUUCCAGGAGUUGGAGAAGAUUGCCAUUAGUGGCGCUAGUGCCGAUGCUGUCCCUGCCGAAUUCAAGAUUCUUGAGGCUUGA